GGAAACAACUGGAAGGCAUCUGGCACACCUCUAUAGUUGUACACAAGGAUGAGUUCUUCUUCGGCAGCGGCGGUAUUUCCAGCUGUCCCCCGGGAGGGACAUUGCUUGGGCCCCCAGACACUGUGGUUGAUGUGGGGUGCACAGAAGUCACAGAAGAGAUCUUUCUGGAAUACCUGUCCUCCUUAGGGGAGUCUCUGUUCCGAGGAGAAGCCUACAACCUCUUUGAACACAACUGUAACACCUUUAGCAACGAAGUGGCCCAGUUCCUGACUGGACGGAAGAUCCCUUCCUACAUAACAGACCUGCCCUCCGAAGUCCUGUCCACGCCCUUUGGACAAGCACUUCGGCCCUUCUUGGACUCCAUCCAGAUCCAGCCUCCAGGAGGGAACUCUGUGGGCAGACCCGAUGGGCAAAGCUAACAGGACUGCACGGGACCGCCCGCCUCUCCAGGGCUUUUCCUUUUUAAACGAAACAAACCCUA